UCUAUCUAUGCUACACUGGUAAAUGUAUGUUAACAUGCGUUGGAGUCGCGUGGUGACGAUGUGAUCAUGCAGUGGUUUGCGAUUGGUCCUGGAUCUCUAGGGUGGUUGAUGGAUUCAGGGUUGUAAAGGGUGUAGGGCUGGUUAAUGGAUUCAGGGUUGUAAAGGUGGCAUCUUGGAGUGGCAGAACAGAACUAGGCUAGGAUUUCAGCAGUGAAGAGUAACAUGGAGCUCUACUCUGAAUUUUUGUCUGACCUAGGUUUUCAGGAGUCGCCACCAGAUCCGCCCUACAAAAACACCCUAUGUUCUUUAUUGUCAAAUCUUGUGUGAGGAAUUGGGAAGAUUUUUUCUUCUUCAUUUGAGUUUCCUUUUGCAGCAUCAGUGGGUCUUCAGAUCAAUGUCUCUGCCGUUCAUUGAAUGAAAUUUAACUUGGAUAUUCAAAUGCUUAUGUUUAUACUAUGAGGAUCAUCAAUUUCCUGGGUAUUUAGACAUUAAGAAAGAUUUCAGAAACAUGUCAAGUAUUAACCAUUGUACCUCCUCAGGAGGUGAAAAUUUGAAUGAAAUCAAGAAAGAGAGGAACAUUUGUGAGCCUGCCAUAUUGAAAGACCAACCGAGACACCGUCCUCUGACAACUAUGAGGAUUAUAAGGGGUGUGGUGUGCUUAAUAAUAUUGCUUUCGACUGCUUUUAUGAUGAUUGUUUAUUGGGCCCCUGUGACCACUCUCUUUCUCCGGCUUUUCAGCAUGCACUACAGUAGGAAAUCAACUUCCUUUCUCUUUGCUACAUGGUUAUCCCUCUGGCCCUUUCUAUUUGAGAAAAUAAAUAAAACUAAGGUGGUUUUUUCUGGUGAAAGAUUGCCAAUGAAAGAGAGAGUUUUGGUCUUUGCUAACCACAGAACUGAGGUUGACUGGAUGUAUUUGUGGGAUCUUGCCUUGAGGAAGGGCCGCUUGGGAUUCUUGAAGUAUGUUCUUAAGAGCAGUCUGAUGAAGUUGCCUAUAUUUGGCUGGGGAUUUCACAUCUUUGAAUUCAUUGCAGUGGAGAGAAACUGGGAAAUUGAUGAAUCAAUCAUGCAUGAGAAGCUUUCAAGUCUUAAAGAUCCUCGCGAUCCUCUGUGGCUUGUUGUUUUUCCUGAGGGCACAGACUAUACUGAAAAGAAAUGCAUAAAGAGCCAACAGUUUGCAGCUGAGAAUGGCUUACCUAUUCUCAAAAAUGUUCUCAUUCCAAAGACGAAGGGAUUCUUUGCAUGUUUGGAAGCUUUAAGAAAUUCCUUAGAUGCAGUAUAUGAUAUCACCAUUGGCUACAAACAUCGCUGUCCAACUCUUACCGAUAAUCUCUUUGGCGUGGAUCCUUCUGAAGUCCAUAUUCAUGUUCGACGUGCUCCCCUAUGUGAGAUUCCGACAUCAGAAAAUGAAGUAGCUAAUUGGUUGAUUGAUAGAUUCAAGUUUAAGGAUCAACUCUUAUCAGAUUUUACAACUCAUGGGCAUUUCCCUAAUCAAGGAACUGAAGGAGACAUUUCUACAUGGGGGUUCUUGGUGAAAUUCUUCACGGUAAUAGUUUCAACAAGCACUUUCAUCUACUUGACAUUUUUCUCAUCUAUUUGGUUCAAGAUCUAUGUAGCCUUCAGCUGUUCGUACCUAUCGUUCAUUACCUACUUCGGUGUCCUACCAUCUCCAAUACUUGGCUCUUCAAAUGGUUUGUUCCAUAGCAAGAGGAAGGUUUUUUAAAUGUAUACCUUUCUCAGUCUCUUUGCCAUUUAGUGACUUUGACAUUUUUGUGAUAUUCAUGGAUCAUAAUUUACACUUCAUGCCGUAA